AUGGUCGGUACAAUGAAUAGACUGAAGAACAAGCUACGGCUACACAAGAAAGAGGGGACAGGGUGGGCACUGGAUGAGGACUCGCUUCAUCUGAAACAGAACCAGGAAACUGCUGCACGGUUUGACCGCAGUAUGACGCUGUCCAGUGUCACGGACGACGUUGAAGAAAUGUUUUACGGUCAGAACCGCACCACUGCCUCGAACCAGCCACCAGUGUACCGCACCACGGAGAACCUUCGUAGCAAUUAUACGACGCUUUCAGCGUUGCAGGAAGAUGCCGAAAUGGCCAGCAACGCUAGCAGUAGCUUCUCACAGUUCUCGACCACGACACCCACCAACCAUGCGGUCUCGAUCAACUCUUACCAUGGUUUCUCCCGUGCCAACAGCAGUCGUGGAGUUAACAAAGACGUUGAGCUGGAACGGCUUUUGGCUGAUGUGCUUGAGAUCAAAGAGGAGGUCAAGACAAUCCGACGAGAAGUCAUGGAUGAGCUGCAUGUGACUCGUUACGACGUGCUCAAAGAGUUGGUGCUGCUUAAAGGUGCCAUUGCAAAACUCGUCGCACCGCAGUCAAGUGCGUCGAGGUUGUCCAUGAAGAGAUCGACGUCGGAACCGCUAUCGACUGCUGACCGUGUGGCGCUGACCCGCAAGACUUCUACUAAGACGUCGUCGGCCACGCUUGAUCGACUCGCCGCAUCCCGCACCAACAUCCAUAAAAUGCCUCCUCUCGCAGCGCGCGCCAGUGUGCGGCUUACGCAAUUGGCUCCCGUUGCAGACAAUGCACUGUCGACACCAUUGACAGCCGAACAGAUCAACGACAUGUUUCCGCUCAUCGACUCUACGUCUGAGCUGGCGUCACAUGCUCGUGGUCUGACCCCCGGGUCGCGCACAUGGGCGUUGGCUCGUGUGGAAGAGUGGCUGGACGUAGGUCUUAACGUGGACAACGACACACUGCUGGCUGUGGUUGGUGAUGGAGGAACCGGGAAGAGUGCCUUUUGUGGCACAGUGGCUCAUCAGUUCCGCGAAAACCUGCUAGCUGCGCACUGCUGCCAGUUUGAUCGCAAGAGCAAGAGCACUCCGCGCAACAUGCUGCUGUCAGUUGUGCACCAGCUCGUGGAUAAUCUGCCAUCAUUUAAGAACCAACUGGCAAGACUCAACCUCCGGUACGUACUGGAGGAAGCAGACCCGGUCCUCCUUGCUACAAAGGUGCUCGUGGAUCCGUUGAAUGCUGUGGAGAAGCCCAUGAACGCGUCGUUUAUUCUUGUGGACGGAAUUGAUCAGUGCGCUAUAGGACGCCGCGGUCGCAACGAGCUGCUAGAGUUUCUUGCACAGAUCAUUCCUCUUCUUCCAUCAUGGGUUCGUAUCAUGGUGUCAUCAAAGCCUUCGUCAAAGCUGGCAAAACGUUUUCCUGUGUCGUCGGUGCUGGAUUUCAGCUCGCAAAAUGAUGCUUUCGUGGCCGAUGUGUCCUCGCUUGUUGAUGACAUUGCUCACAACUUUAGUGACGACAAUGUCGUGGAAGCGAACAAGGUGCUUGUGCAGAAGAGUGGUGGCAACUUUGCAUACCUCAAUUUCACAAAGCAGGCCUUGACACACCCGGGAAUGGUGGCUGCGAGCAACGAAGGCGCAAUACCGCUUGAUGUGCUCUAUGAACUGCCGGAGACACUGUACGACAUUUAUGCAGAGAUUUUUGAGGACAAGUUUGGCCAAGGUCGAGAUCGUGUGUGGGACAAGGCAAAACCACUUCUGCAGCUUGUGAUCGGAGCAACUGCAGGACCGUACUCACCUGUCACGGAGGACCAAGCCAAGGAACAUUUCAAACUUACAGCGGAAGACCAGCGAAUGUUGCGUCGCUCGUUUGUUGAUCUUGUGGCCGUAAGACAAGGCGCGUAUCGUAUCGAGAGCUCUGCUCUAUGCGCAUGGCUAAGUGACCCUGCUCGAUCAGAAGAGCACUUUUACUUCAACAUUGACGAUGCGCUUCAGGCGCUGCGCAAAAUGCGUCGUGCUGGUUCCAUCCUUAGCCGUUCCAAAUCAGACGGCUCAUGGGAUGACAGCAUGCGACCUACCCGUGUCACAACACUAAGGACGUCUCAGAAGCUAUCACGCAACCAUCCCGAGCCUGUCAUCCCCGAAUUCAAACCCAUGGGUAUUCUCAAGCGUAGCAAGGCAUAG